AUGGCCAUGAGUUCCUAUUUGAUCAACUCCAACUAUGUGGACCCUAAGUUUCCACCCUGCGAGGAAUACUCACAGAACGACUACCUACCCAGUCAUUCUCCGGACUACUACAGCGCCCAGAGACAAGAGCCUACAUUUCAGCAUGAGUCGAUCUACCACCAGCGGUCGGGCUGCGCUGACUCGCCGUAUUCGUCGUGUCAGGGUCCGGGGCAGCCCGCCGUGGUCAUGUCUCCGCGAGGUCAUGUCCUACCUCCGGCCACAAUUUCGACCUCUAUUCCCGAACCUGGCCACCACUGCGACUCCGUAACUCCUAGUCCUCCGCCUGCUUGCGGCCAGACUCCCAUUAGCCAAAACACUUCUUCGGCCAGUUCACGCAAGGAUCCCGUGGUGUACCCCUGGAUGAAAAAAGUCCACGUAAACAUCGUGAGUCCAAACUAUUCUGGGGGCGAGCCCAAGCGCUCACGCACAGCUUACACUCGACAGCAAGUCUUGGAGCUGGAGAAGGAGUUCCACUACAACCGAUAUCUGACCCGAAGGCGCAGGGUGGAGAUCGCGCACACCCUGUGCCUAUCCGAACGCCAGAUUAAAAUCUGGUUCCAGAACCGACGUAUGAAGUGGAAAAAGGACCACAAGCUGCCCAACACCAAGAUACGCUCUAGUAACUCCACAAAUACAAAUUCGAGUGGCGGCCCGACGUUGGGCAGUGCUCAGAACCGGUCCAACGGGCCUCCGCCGAGUCUAUAG